AUUUGCAUUCGCAUUGCAACUUGCAACAGCUGUUGAAGUUGAAACAAGCAAUAGUACGAAGAUGCAUUGAAAAUUGAAAGUGAUAGUGUUAUGGUACUUUAUAGCUUAAAUUAGUUAUAAUUUUCCUUUAGUUAUAGGUUGUGCAUUAGUUAUUAUUCAUUUGAAUAAAUUUGUGAAAAAUGUAUUCUACCAGUCCGUACUGUAGACUCUGUUUACAGACAAGCGACUGUGGUUCACUUGUUGAAAUAUUUAAAGACAAUCUCUUUGAAGGAUUGGUAGAUCCGUGUGAAAUUAUCAGAACAUUUUUAGGUAUUGAUAUUUCACAAGAUGAUGGACUUUCCCGUGUUUUAUGCCGAAAGUGUAUCGGGAUAAUUACUCUUUUUAAAGACUAUCGCGGAAAAGUGAAUACUAAUAACGACUUUUUAAAAGGUGUUUUAAACAUAGCAAAGAGUAGGCCUAGUGACAAAGCUGUAACUGAUUCGGUGGUUGAGAAAAGUAAUGUUGCUCUUGAGAAAGCAUCCAACUCAACAAACUAUCGCCGACCAGGACCCAAAUCUAAAAGAAGACCUAUUAGGAGUGAAACAUGUACCUCAGUUGAAACUAGUAGGUCUACUCCUACCCUUCCCACCAAUGAAGUUGAGGUAUCCAAUAACUUCACACUAAAUUCUUCUGCUCAACAAAAUUCCACUUCCAAUUCAGACCAACAAAAUGGUAGUUGUAUGGCUCAAGGCUUACAAGAUGCUAUUUAUGAAAAUAUCACUUCCGUUUCUGAAAAUUCCGAUCAACAAAAGAUUGACUCACAAGAUGCUACACAUCAAAAUACAACUUCCAAUUCUGAAACCUCCGACCAACAAAAGUCAGACGAUAUUCUAUCUGAUGCAUCUACAAUAUUGUUAGAUCAAUCCAAAAAUGCUAGAAGCAAUCCCACAACAGACUCUGACAAUGCAAUGGAUUUAGAUCAAUCAAGUUUUGCUCAAGUGCCAGUCACUCCUUGUGAACCCUCAAAAUCUCUUGAAAAAACUGAUGAAAUUGAUAUUCCUACACAUGAAACGCCUGAGGUUGAAGAUGAUAGGAGUAAUUCUAAACGGAGGGGGCGUCCAUGUAAACCCAUCCAUUUCUGUGAGCAUUGUAAUCGACCAUUUUUCAACAAACACCAGUACAAAGAUCACAAGUUACAACACAAAGUUCUAAGUACAAGAAUGUUUGUGUGUAAAGUCUGUAAAAUGGCCUAUUCAAACAAUCUAGAUGUUGAAAAGCACCACCCAAGUUUCCAUCCUUUUGCAAGCUUAGACACUGCCAAACAUAGUCAAUCUGAUGAUAUAGGACAAGUUGCUAUAGCUUCCGAGCCUCAAGUUGAUAACAAUCAGCAAACCAACAACACUGUCAAUUUUGACAUUAUUGAAACAGCAGAACAAACACCACCUACCACACCUGUAAAAAGAAAACGCAUGUCAAAGCAAAGUAGGCCUUCUUCCAAAAGAGUUCGAACCACUGUUGAACAGAUAUCGGAUAAACGUCAUUCAGAAAACGUCACAGUUGCUGAGAUACACACGACACCCGAUGAAACAUCUAAUCUACAAGAUAACUCCCAAGCUCAAUCGCCUACAAAAAUCAUAGACAUUAGUACUGCCCCCAUAUCAGCGCUGAUUCCAGCUUCAACACAAUCAAGUAACUCUUGUGAAAAAAUGGACUGUAGCGAUAACAUUGAGGUUAUCCCCGAUGACGAUAUGGAAGGACAUUCCAUUCUAGACAACAAAGGUUCCAAAAUUGAUGUGAUCAAACUUCAAAAUACCGAUAGGCCUACGUCAAAAUGUAAUUCACCAGCUACAAUAACCAACGAGGACAAUGUCUCCGAAGUUGAGGACUUGAAACUACAAACUAAUGUGACUUGUGCAUCUGCGUCACAAGCUCCAAAGAUGGCAGCAUCCAAGGAAGAAAAGGUUUGCAACAAAUGCAACACUUUUAAAUCAAUCAGCAUGAAGGAGAUCUUCAUACAUAAGAAGAAUUGCCGCAAAGAAGUGCGUUGACUUCUCUGAGGAUCGAUCAUGCCCACAUCAGCGCUGGACUUGUGCGUGGAUAAUGGACUAGAUCUUCUACACUGCCACAUAUAAAAUAAAUUAAGACUUGGUUCUCCAUCCGAAGAAAUAACAGCGUUGCCAAUAUUCAUGUAAGAUUGCGAUUUUCUUAAAUUUCUAAUUUAGCCACAUUGUAUGUAGAAUAUCAUCACCGAUAUUCUAUUAGUGUUAAAAAUGUUGCAUGGUUAUAUAAUAUAUGUAUUAUAUAAAUAUGCAUAUGCAAUCAUAGGCCAACAAAAAAAAUAUAAAGAGUCAAUAACUUUUUGGCCUAUGCAGCCGGGAAACAUUGCUGUGUCCGGCCUGCAAAGAGCUUCAAAUUGAAGUUUCAAGGUUAAAAGGAAAUUUUACACAAGGUGUGUGUUGAAAGGAAAUUCAAUUUAAAAUAUUGAAAUCAUCUCGGAAUUAUGUUUUU